AUGGUGAUUUUUAAUGAUCCUCUCGGCUCCUUGCAGCAUCUCCUUGACACCCUUCAGGCUCCGACGUAUGCCGCAGCCUCCAUUCUGGGUGUCAUCUCUUUCUUACUUGCGGGUUUUCUCGUCGCCGAUUGGAGAAAGAGUCGCCGGAAUUUUCUCCCUCCGGUGCCGGCGAUUCCGGGGUUGCCGGUGCUGGGGAAUUUGUUGCAGUUGAAGGAGAAGAAGCCUCACAAAACGUUUGCACGGUGGGCUGAGACGUACGGACCGAUUUACUCCAUAAGAACCGGCGCCUCCACUGUGAUUGUUCUGAACACCGCCGAGGUCGCCAAAGAGGCUAUGGUAACGAGGUACGCUUCCAUGUCCAGUAGAAAGCUAAGCAAAGCACUCACCAUCUUGACUUCUGAUAAAUGCAUGGUUGCUAUGAGCGAUUACAAUGACUUUCACAAGAUGGUCAAGAAGUACAUAUUGGCCAAUGUGUUGGGAGCUAAUGCACAGAAGAGACACAGACAAAGAAGAGACACCAUGAUAGACAAUAUUUCCAGCCAGUUGUUUGCUCAUGUGAAGGAUUCUCCAUCAGAAUCUGUCAAUUUUCGAAGGAUAUUCGAAUCGGAACUCUUUCGAUUGGCGCUUAAAGAAACACUUGGGAAAGAUAUCGAGUCGAUAUAUGUCGAUGGGCUCGGUAUGUUGCCAAGGGAAGAUCUGUUCAGGGUUCUCGUGAUCGAUCCGAUGGAGGGUGCUAUCGAGGUUGAUUGGAGGGAUUUCUUCCCAUAUCUGAAAUGGAUUCCCAACAAGAGUGUGGAGAAUAAGAUCAGGCAGAUGGAUUUUCGCAGGCGAGUGACGAUGAUGAGCCUAAUUGAGAAGCAGAAGAAACGAAUUGCUGCAGGGGAGGAAACGAAUUGCUAUGCUGACUUCUUGUUGUCUGAAGCAAAAACACUGACAGAACAUCAGAUAGCUAUGUUGCUUUGGGAGACGAUCAUUGAAACCUCGGACACUACUUUAGUUGUAACAGAAUGGGCUAUGUAUGAACUUGCCAAAAAUCCUAAACGACAGGACUAUCUAUAUCAGCAUAUACAGAGUGUCUGUGGCUCUGAAAAGCUUACUGAAGAUGACCUGUCGAAGCUACCGUAUCUGACUGCUGUGUUUCAUGAAACUCUUCGGAAGCAUAGUCCAGUACCGAUCGUCCCGUUGCGAUAUGUGCAUGAAGAUGCCCAGUUAGGUGGGUUCUUUGUUCCUGCAGGGAGUGAGAUUGCCGUGAAUAUUUACGCCUGCAACAUGGACAAGGAUCGUUGGGAAAGCCCUGAGGAAUGGAAGCCAGAGAGGUUUCUGGAUGAGAAAUAUGAUCCAAUGGAUCUGCACAAAACCAUGGCCUUUGGAGGAGGGAAGAGGGUGUGCGCAGGUGCUCUCAAGGCAAUGCUGAUAGCUUGCACAUCCAUUGGAAGGCUUGUUCAAGAGUUUGAGUGGAAGCUGGGGGAAGGGGAAGAGGACAAGGUGGACACUCUUGGCCUCACUGCUCGCAAGCUCCAACCGCUGCACGCAAUCGUAAAGCCAAGAAUCAGCUAAUGAAACGUCCUCCGCCGUCUUUAGACUGUUGAAUCUCGAAUAACUAUCAUGAGACUCUUUGGACACCAUCAGAGGCUGAAGAGAAGUUAGAGUGUUUUAGAUCAGUUUAUAAUAGAAGGUGUGCACAGAUAGAGUUUUAGCUCGUAACAAGUUGGAAAUUUAGCUGAACGAUACUCGAGUGAUUUGUUGCAUAUUGCCCGGUAAUCGAAUGCAUUUUCC